CUUACCCGAUACUGUAAACGUAUUUUGAAAAACUUAACGACUUAGUGACCUUCACGCUUCUUAGAGGUUAUCGAAGCGAAUUAUCAGAUUUUCAUGAUACGACCUAUGUAUAAAGUAACAUUUGUCGUAACUAUCAGUCGGAUUUUUAUCUUUGGGAUCAAAAAAAAAAAUAUUAGGAUUACAGGAAAAUAAAUUAAUUACACAAAUCCCGAAUUUGUCAGGGUUUUUGGCUGUCGUCUGUCGGUUGUCGUCCGGAUUUCUUAAUAGCGGCCAUAAAAUUUUAUGCAUUUUAUAAUUUAUUCGAUAAUUAAAAACGAACGGCUAUAAUGGAUUUCUGGCGAGCGUGGGUUUUGAUAUUGUUAUAUAUCUGUUCUAAAACAUUUUCCCAAAAUUCCUACGAGCUUCGGCAUAUCGCUCGCAGGCUGCCGUACAGGAUGUUAGACUUGAUGUGGAACUACGUUAAGAGGUCUUCGGAGAGGAUCGACGCUGCUAAUUACAUAAGAAUAAGACACGAAGAAUCACCCCACUUUGAGCUCGGUUAUGUUAUGGGCGAAGUUUUGGAAAGAUACAGAAAAAUGGUCGGUAUCAUCAAACGACCGCUGAAAUUCAAAUCGGAUGCUGUGUUCGAUGUGAUCAAGAGAACGGAGAUGGUCGAGAAUCUGUUUCUGGACAUCCUGCACCUGAUAUACAUGAUCAAUGAAAUAAAGCGGAAGUACUUACACACGCAGCAGACGACGGGAACCGGCGGCGAGUACAACGUGACCUUCGAGGACAUGGAAGAAAAGAGGAAGUUGCUGCUCUGGCUGCAGAAGAAGAGGCAGAAGGAAAUGAAGAAAAUCAGGAACCUGAUAUUCAAAGGCGAAAUGGAAUUCACGCCUAGAACGACGAGGAAAGCCAAAAAAUGGUGGCCCUUGGACUACGGCUGGGAGAUUGAUUAUCAGUGGUGGUAAUAAUUACUGGAAGACAAUGAGAUCCGAUGGUCGAGAGUAUUCAUUUAAAUAAAACUAAUGUCUUCGGAUUGUUACGCGUCGUUUUGUUACAUUAAACCACAUAAUCCCGACGUUUCGGUUACUUUGCAGCAGCCGUGAUCUCGCCUCGUCUGCUCGGUAUCGCUGUUAUAGAAUGAUAGUAGUGUAGUACAUCCGACAAAAUAGUUUUAUUUAAAUAACUGGAAGAAUUUAAGCUAUUAAAUGCUACUAUCAUAAUGGUUGUUUACUUGAAUGUGAUAGUAUUUCGUUUG